AUGCACGCGUACCAAACCAUCCUAACAUCGAGGAGGAAGAAAACUGCCCUACUCACGGCAGAUUUCAUUCAAAGUCUCUUCGUUAUGCGGCAGCAAGAUGCUGCCGACAUGCUGGGCUUCUCUAUCACAACCAUGAAACACGUCUGCCGACGCCUUGGAAUCCGCAAGUGGCCAUACUCACGUACCCGAACAAGUCCAUCACAGCUCCUUGAGGAUCGCGAGAGCGCGUCUGUAGAUAGUUUGGCUGAGUCGCCCACCCUGUCCUCUGCAGAAGAGCAGAUCUGUUCACCAGUUCAGAGCAUAGACAUUUCGAGCCAUCUACAGCCGUGGGAUGAAGCGCUGAAGGAAUCGAUGAUGAUGGAGGGCCAUGAAAAAUGGAGUGCAGAGAUGGGGGAGUUGUUCAGAGAUGCUCUAGAGCAUGUUGACAUGGUCUGA